GUCGCCGCGGCUCUGCUGUCCAACCCCGGCCAGACCCCGCGGGACGACCCGGAAGAGGCCAGGCCAGUGCGGCCAGGAUGGGCCGGAAGGUGACCGUGGCCACCUGCGCGCUCAACCAAUGGGCCCUGGACUUCGAGGGUAAUUUGCAGAGGAUUUUAAAGAGUAUUGAAAUUGCCAAACGCAAAGGAGCAAGAUACAGGCUGGGACCAGAACUGGAAAUAUGUGGCUACGGGUGUUGGGAUCAUUACUACGAAUCGGACACCCUCUUGCAUUCACUCCAAGUCCUGGCCGCCCUUCUGGACUCUCCGGUCACUCAGGAUAUCAUCUGCGACGUGGGACUGCCUGUCAUGCACCGGAAUGUCCGCUACAACUGCAGGGUGAUAUUUCUUAACAGGAAAAUCCUGCUCAUCAGACCCAAAAUGGCCUUGGCCAACGAAGGCAACUACCGGGAACUGCGCUGGUUCACCCCGUGGUCACGGAACCGGCAAACAGAGGAGUAUUUUCUCCCCCGGAUGAUACAGGACGUGACAAAGCAGUGGCCGCCCUACCCCCAGAUGGAGGCUACCUCUGCUCGGGAGCCGGACUGUGUCUCUGGUACGAGCUUUGAUUCGUGAGCAAGGCCCUUCCAGAGGCCAGCUUGGGCUCGGCGCCUUCUGCGCGGACAGUCAGGGAUGGGCAUGGCUGAGGUUUGGGCAGGGACUCUCAGCCAGGUCUGGUCACCUCUGAAGUGACCUGGAAACUCAUUUGACCAUGAACUGCAGCAGUGAGCACACUUUGAAAUCGUCAUGACCCAGAACAGACUCUGUGUGUGUGUAUGUGUGUGUGUGUGUUUCCGUGUCUGUGUCUGAAACAGACGUGUCUGCGAUAGUCCUGACAGUAGGAUGCUCCCCAUUUCGUUCUUCUGGGAUCGUAGUAUGUCCUAAAAUCCAUCCCAGUGGAGACGCACUAGGCUGACACGGGACAGAGUCUGCAGUUGGAAGGGUUUUGCCUGGUAGUUGAUUGAAGGCCCCGGUAACUGGGGAUUAAGGUUCAGGGGUAUGUCCAGGAACAAGGCGAGGACAGCCCAGGACCCGCUGCACGUGGACAGUUCAGGCCUGGGGUAGUUAGUGAGCACGGCUCUGGAUAUGUGGUUUACCAGCUUGUUGCUCUGAGCUUUCUCACGAUGUGUGGAUUCCAGCCAUGCCCACAUGCUCACGUUUGCCAGGGGAGCAGGGGCCCCACAGUCCCACGGCGGCCAGCGAGGGUCCUGGGUUAGGGCUCUCCUCACAGCCACAGUGAACAGUGACCUUGUCCGGGGCAGGACGCAUCAGAGAAGACAGGGCCAGGUUUACACUGGCUCUCGCCAUCAGGAGUAAAGGGUGUCGAACUCACACACACGCAGGGAGCCCGAGCCAAGUGUUCUAGGAUGUGUUCCAGGCCUCGGGGUUAUUUUUUGGCUGAACAAGGGGAUGCCUCUUUUGUAACAUUGGGAUGAAGGGAGGUAGCCAAGUUGGACCAGGCUGGCGUGUGCCGAAGCGUCAGCGUGCCCGCCGGAGCAUCCCACGCCCGCGUGACCGUCAGCGCCUGGUAGGCUCAGGGCCUCCUCAGACCUGUGUGGCAGCCCAGGGUGGCUCUGCCGCUGCCCGGGAGCUCCCACCAUGCGUGGCUUGUGAAUGUGGUUCUUGCUGAUGGACACACUUGCACUCUGGCCCUGCCGCUCGGGAGCUGGGUGA